AUGAGGAGGGAAGGUCGCCAGCAUGGAAUGGUUAGGACCUACAGGAUCUUGCCUUCUCCAUGGAACCCCAAGCCCCACUCCAGAUUCUUCAACAGGUUUGACUCUCCCCCUACUGCCGGAUUAUUCGCCAAGGUCCACCCUCGCCCCACCAACCAUUCCAAGUUCACCGGAAAGUGCACCAGGCCUCGCUGUAAUGGCUGUCACUUGCACCCUUCUUGCAAGUCCAAGAACAAGACUAAAGGUACCGAGAAGCUUAAGUCCCUUGAUGUUGCUUCUAAUUAUAGGUUGAUCAAUUGGCGGAUGGCGGAUGGUCGUCCUGGCUUGAACUUUUCUGGGGUUUCUGCUACUGGGAUUUUGAAUCAUCUGGCGAAUGAAGAUGAUUAUUUGGAUGAUGGCAUUGAUGGCGAUUAUGAUAGUUAUUGGGAGAAUGAGACUUCGAGCUCAAGAGAGAUGGAUGAAGGGGUUCAGAUUGAAGAAAUUGCUGAUGCUAAUGUUAAUGAUGAUAAGGACAAUAGAGAACAUGAUGAUGAUGAUGAUGAUGAUGGGUUGAGUUUUUGUGAUGUGGGUUUCUUAGUGGAUCAAAUUGAGGGAGAUGAUGGUUGGUGUUUGGUUGAAGAAAUGUGA